AUGGGUAUUGGGUCUGUGCUGGUUGAGGUGAGCGUGCUUAAUGUUUGGCCUUGCAGUUGCCGCAACUGUGCUUCCAAGAAAGCCUGCUCCUCUGGCCCAGGAUCGGUGGCUCCUCCAAACCAUCUCGUUAUCAAUGCAGCUCAGCGGGGCGCUUCUGACGACGGCACGCUUGAGCAGAACCUCAAGCCUGGUCUCUCGGCUCAUGAGACUAGCUCGGAUGCUGCCGCCCCAAACGAACAUGAAGAAGACGAACAAAGAAGGCAUAAUAAUGACUCGCUGGACGUGGUAGAGUCGUGGAUCGAAGUGGCCAACAUGGCGACUGAUGACGCUGAACAGCGCAUGGUUCAACAGGAAGAAGAAUCAAGAAUCGUCAGCACUCUGCAGCAGAUUUUGUCACCAUUCCUGUUUCAUCGCGAUUCAGAUGAUUCAGAUGAUUCUCAAGGCACUGACUACCAAGAACACACCAUCAUUCCGACUGUUUUGAAGAACAAGCGCAACCAGGCGGACUUGGCUCAUCACAAAUUUGACGUGGCGGUGCAAACUUGUUUCCCUCGUCCCGCAAUGGUAGAAGUAGGAGUCCAGGUGCAGGCAGGGCCCAUGCUGAGCAAGGCCGUGCAGACAGUGCGCACCGCGACCACCAGCGUCGCUGUACAGGCGCAGCUGCCGCCCGAGGGCUCCAUCGUUGCCGGGGUCAUUCCUUUUGGGGCUGUGGGUGCCAACUGCAGCGACAGGUGA